GAAUGGUCGAGAACGAAUUCUCAGGAGUUUUGAUUAAUAUUAUUGAUACCUCUCAUACGGCAGGCAACCAAGCUUAUAUAGUUAUUAAAAACCAACUUCUACUAUAAUUAGGAAAGCAAUAAAGACUAAUCCUAAUAACCAAUUAGAAGCCCGACUCCUAAAGGCAGCCUCUCGAGGGGCUGUUAUUGAACAAAUAUAUAGGAACUAAAUAUUAUCCUACUAGUAUUCCUAAAUAAUAUCAAUCACUCAGAUUCUCACUAUUAGUCCAGUUCAACUUCAGCUUAUGUAGACGGGCCGAUUAUACGCAUUGUUUAGUUGGCAGCCUGAUCCUCAUCACUUGAUUACGACACGUUGUCCCAGUAUUGGAAGUUGUUUUGUUAUAUCACAUACGAGAUUGUCUCAGUUACAUCAUGGAUCAUAUGUGAAUUGAGUGGUUAUGUAUUGGAAGUUGUUUAGGUUGGGGUAUAUAUAUAUAUGCAUACAAAGUUGUGAAGAAGUACUACUCAAAUAGAUUGAAGCAAAUGGCAAGUCUGGAGAUUGAUCAUGGACCUGGCAUCAGAAGUUACAAAAGGGACUUUCACCCUGCUCACUACAUGUUUAAAAUAGUGUCACUAUCUACGGUAGAGGUUGAAAAAUAUGAAUCUGGUAUUUUUGAAGUAGGAGGGCACAAGUGGAGUUUGGCAUUCUAUCCAACUGGCAACAAGAACAUGAAUGGAAAUGGUUAUAUUUCCCUUUACUUGGUAAUUAAGGAUACUGUAAAGCUUCCGGCUUGUUGGGAGGUUAAUGUCAGCUUCAGAUUGUUUCUCUUUGAUCAGAUUCGAGACAACUACUUGACUAUUGAAGCUGCUAACGGAGAAAUUAGUCGAUUUCAUGCGACCAAGACUGAAUGUGGUUUUGCCCAAUUUGUCUCCAUCAAGUCUUUUCAUGAUGCGUCAAAUGGAUACCUUGUUGGUGACGCUUGUAUAAUUGGAGCAGAGGUUUUUGUUGUUCAAAGUAGUCGCAAACAAGAUGCUCUUUUCAUGAUUAAGUCUCCUCCUAACAAUAUCAUGACUUGGACGCUGACAAAAUUUUCAACACUACAUGAUGACUAUGACUUGUCUGAAGUGUUCACCAUCGAAGAAUCAAAAUGUUGUCGAUUUAUGAUUUAUCCAAACGGUUAUGGACUGGGAAAGGGCAAAUACCUUUCCAUUUUCCUCCACUGUGUUGAAACUGUCAGCCAAUAUCGGAACAUGAAAGUAUAUGUCGAAUUCAAGAUGCGAAUAAAAAAACUUGCUCGAAGUUCCUCGCCCCUCGAAUUUAAUGCUAAACAUUGGUUCUCUACAAGCGAAGACUGGGGUUUCUAUACUUUUGUGUCACUGGUCGAUCUCAGAGACCCGAACAAAGGUCUUAUAGAGAAUGACUGUUUGACAAUUGAAGCUGAAAUCAUUGCUAUAUCAAAAGCGAAGGGUUUCACCUGAGAAUGAGAAGCUUGUGAUGACUGAGACUGUUAAGCAUCAUGCAUUCAAUUUUGACAAUGAUGGGCUUUUAUAUAGAUUUUCAACAGUAGAUGGACAUUUGAUGGGUGGGUUUUUGUCGUGUAAUGGAAUUGCAUCACAUGAUUAAGGUUCCAUAGUAAGAUAUCAAGGAUUAAGCUGUUU